AUGAACACUGUCGAUGGCCCAACCCACUACGAUCCCUCUUCUAGUGGCCCCACUCCCUCCCUCCUCACCAUCAUCCUCGAUACAAACCCCCAUGCCUGGGCCCGCCUUGAGCCAUCCCUCCCUCUCUCCGCCGCUAUUGCAAACCUCCUCGUCUUCAUCAACGCCCAUCUGGCCUGUAACUAUGCAAAUAAAGUCGCCGUCGUCGCCUCCCACUGUCAUCAUGCAGCCUGGCUCUACCCUACCCCCGCUUCCCCCAAAUCCUCAGACUCACAGACUGAUGCGCCCUCCAAAGACGCACCGCCAGAUGGAGACAUCAGCAUGAACGACCAACAGUCGGCCGGACAACACCAGCAAGCAGAACAAGAAGAGCCUCUAAAUAAAUAUCGCCCCUUCCGCCUUGUCGAAGAACAAUUAACCCGCAACCUCCAUACCCUGCUCUCAACCACCACCGCUGCCGACAUCGCUUCCACAACCUCAACCUUGAUCGCCGGCGCCCUAACCUUGGCCCUGAGCCACAUCAACCGCGAAACCAUCGCCUACGCCGAAACCCACGGCACCGCAAGGCCAGACGGCUCCUCCACCUCCGGCCCCGCAAACAGCACAGCAUCAGGCCUCCCACCUCCCCCCGGCACCACCGCAUCAGCGACAACCUCCCACCUCCCCAACCCCUCAGCCCUCCAAUCCCGCAUCCUCAUCAUCUCCCUCAGCAGCACCACCCACUCCGCCCACCACUACAUCCCCAUCAUGAACAGCAUCUUCGCCUGCCAACGCCUGCACAUCCCCAUCGACAUCCUCAAGCUCGCCGGCGACGCCGCCUUCCUCCAGCAAGCCUCCGACGCCACCCGCGGCAUCUACAUCCCCGCCACCUCCCACCCCGCCGGCUUCCUGCAGUACCUGAUGCUGGGCUUCCUCCCGGACCAGCGCGCGCGCUCACACCUCGUCCUGCCCAGCCGCGUCGACGUGGACUUCCGCGCAGCCUGCUUCUGCCAUCGGCGCGUGGUCGAUGUCGGUUUCGUGUGCAGCAUCUGUCUGAGCAUCUUCUGCGAGCCGCUGGGCGGCGUUGACGGCGUUGCGGAGUGUUUGACGUGCGGGUCCGAGUUGGCCGUCGGCGAGUAUGCCGUUAAGCCUGUUGUGGUCGGGGCGAGGAAGCGGAAGAGGAAGAAGGAGAAAAGCGUUGGUGGGAAAGGGGGGAUAUCGUCUGGGACGGCCACGCCGACUCCCACUCCGGGAGCGCCUACAUAG